AAUAUAUAAAAUUUAUUUAAUGAACCAAGAAAUAAAACCUGUAAUAGAUGAAGGAAUAAAUCUAAAAUGUAGAUUUUAUGAGAAUCAAUAUCCAAAAGAAAAUGAUUUAGUUGUUGUAGAGGUAGUAGAAGUUCAAGAGAAUGCAUCAUAUGUUGAAUUACUAGAGUAUGAUAGAAUUAGAGGCAUGAUACCACCUAAUGAAACAACAAGAGCCUUGAAGGGAGGAAUUUAGAAAGCCUUAAAAAUAGGAAAGAUUUAAGUUGUCAGAGUCUUAAGAGUAGAUGAAGAUUAAGGAUAUAUUGAUUUAUCUAAAAAAAAAGUAGCAAAAGAUGAAGAGUAAAUGUCAUUACAAAAAUUUGCUGAUGGAAAAAUGAUUCAUUCAAUCAUGAGAGCCAUCGCUGAGAAAUGUAAUCUGAAUAUUCAAGAAUUAUAUAAAACUAUUGUAUGGCCAUUAUAAGAGAAUAAAUUAAAUGUUUCAGUCCUUUAAAUAUUUUAAAAAGCAUUACAAGAUUAAAAAAAUUUAUCAAAGCUCAAUCUACAAGAGUAAAUUCAAACUAAAUUAAUGGAUGAAAUUGAGAGAAGAUUAAAACCAGAACCUGUUACUAUUAAAACUGAAUUUGAAUUAAUAAGUCAUGAUUAUGCUGGAUGUCUUAUAAUAAAAGAAGCACUUAAUGCUGGUACUAAGAAGUCCACUGAAGAAUGCAAAUUAUAAGUAUUCUAAUCAUUUUAAACUAGUUUGAAAUAAAAGCUUCUCCUCUUUAUACAGGUAGAACCACCACUAUCUCAAAAGAUGGUGUCAAAAUUAUGAAGGAUGCUUUAACAGAAAUUGAAAAUGUUAUGAAGAAGUAUUAAGGAAUUAUGAAAGUCAAAAUCGAAGUAUUUAAUUCUAUUAAUUCAAUAGCCUAAAGUUGUUGGAGAUCAUUAGGCUGAUUUUAUGGAUGAAGUUGAAAAUGAAGAUGGAGAAGAUGAAUAUGGGAUUACUUAAAAAGGUGUAGAAGAAGACGACGAUGACGAUUUAGGAAUGUAAUGAAUUAUUCUAAUUUAAUUAUAAAAAGUGUUAAUUAUCUA